AGUUAGCCUUUCCUUAAAGGAGACGGGGUCCUUUUACUGGUCGCAGAGGCGCCGGAUUUUGUAGCGUCUGGUUAUAAGUAUUAUAUACUGUAUUGUUUCCAUGAGCUUUAUUUAAACGAUUAUCUCCCCCCAGCGCAAUGGAGGAGGUUGACGUCGAGCCGACAACUACACCCAUUCCAGGCAUCGACUUCACCCAGAAGCACCUAGGAUUUGUGUGGGGCCCGGGGGACAUCCUGGUCUACGAGACGAAGUACGGAGCAACAGGCGCUGCCUCUGUCGACCAGGGGUGUCCUUUCGUUCACGUGGUGAGGAAAGACGAGGACAUAUACUCCCCGAUUCUGAGGAAGCUCUUUAACGAGUCCCAUCACAUAUUUGUGGGGCUACAGAAGAUCAAAGAGGAUGUGCCAAGCAAAAACAAGAAAUCCCAGUUUGUCAGUAUAAGCAAGAACUACAGAUCGGUGAUCAGAGCUUGCAUGGAGGAACUUCAGCAAGUUGCAGUGUCUACGCGAGAUGCAACUUUAGCAACGCAGUACGGCAAUCAGGUGUCGAUUCUGCUGGCGGUUGAGCUGAUCUGGAACCUGUGUGAGGUGCUGUUCAUCGAAGCAGCUCCAGCCGGCGCUCUACAGCUCCACCUGCUGGACUGGGUGCGCCUGCACAAGGCGGACGUGGACGAGAAGGCGCGGGAGGUGCUGCAGAGCGAGAGCCCGGCCGAACACCCCGCGUACUGGGACGUGGCCAUCAGCUACGUGCUCCAGGGGCGGACGGACGAGGCCCGGCAGGUCCUGGUGAAGCAGGCCUCCCUGCAGCCUGCAGCCCGGCUCAUGUUCAAGCUCCUGGACUCGCUCCUGAUGAAGAUGCCCGUCUACAACCCGGGCGGGAACCAGACCCUGACUGAGUUUGACGUUAAGUGGAGGCACUGGCGGGAGGAGUGUGACCGCUGUCUCCAGGACAACUCCUUCGCCAGCAACCGUCACCUGGAGGCCAUCUGCAAGAUCCUGGUUGGUGAUGAGGACACCUUGCUGGAGUAUAAGGAACUUCUGGGGACCUGGUACCACUUCCUGGUGACCCGCUUGCUGUACUCCCAUCCCACCGUGAAGCCCACCGAGCUGCACUACUAUGCACAGUCCAGUAUGGACAUGUUCCUGGAGACCCGCAGUGGCCCUGAGCCCUUGGACAGUAUCCUGCUGGCGGCCUUCGAGUUCGACAUCCACCAGGUGAUCAAGGACUGCAGCAUCGCCCUGAAUAACUGGUGGUUCGUGGCUCAUCUGACCGACCUGCUGGACCACUGCAAACUGCUGCAGUCCCACAACCUGCACUUCGGCUCGAACCUGAGGGAGUUUCUCUUACUGGAGUACGGAGCCGGACUCUUCACUCACCACAGUCUGUGGCAGCUGGCUGUGGGCUACUUUGACCACUGCCCCGAGUUUGGGAGGGUGUACCUGGAGCUGCAGAUAGAGAGAGUGCCCCUGGACUCGGAGCGCAAGGCCCUGAAGGUGCUGCGCAUCUGUGAGCAGAGGCAGAUGGCAGAGCAAGUGCGCAGCAUCUGCAAGAUCAUGGCCAAACGAGCGCUCCGAAACGACCGGCUGGGAUCCGCCCUCUCCUGGAGCAUCCGCGCCAAAGACGCCGCCUUCGCCACGCUGAUCUCAGAGAGAUUCCUGCAGGAUUACUGCACCCGCGGCUCCUUCUCCGACUUGGACGUGAUCGACAACCUGGGCUCAGCCAUGCUGCUCAGCGACAGGCUAACCUUUCUGGGGCAGUACCGUGAGUUCCAUAAGCUGUACGGGGACAAGCGCUUUGUGGAGGCGGCCACGCUGCUGCUGUCGCUGAUGACGGCGAAGAUCGCCCCGCAGAGCUUCUGGAUGACCCUGCUCACGGACGCGCUGCCCCUGCUGGAACAGAAACAGGUCAUCUUCUCAGCUGACCAAACGUACGAGCUCAUGCACUGCCUGGAGGAGCUGACAGCCGGAAAGACCAUCCCCAACACCGAUCACCCCAUGCAGGAUGAGGAUGUGGAGGUCACCAAGGUGGAGUUGCUGCGACUGGCUCUGGCCCGGAACCUGGCCCAGGCCAUCGUGAAGGAGGGCACGGUGGAUGGCUAGCGCACGCCCGAGGGCUAGCGCACGGCCGCCCUAGCUGGCUUGGGCCACUCUACUGCUGUACAUAAACUUCAUCACGUCUGAUCGACAUGUAUCCGCUUUGAUAAUAAAACCUUUUUCAAUGUUUUGCAUA